GUUGCUAUAAUUUAUGCUCUAGUCGAGAGAGAGAGAGUCCAGAUUUCAGAGCAGAUUAUAAAAGACAGACAGCGAGAGAUGGAGGGUCUGAGCCGGAGCAUAGGGUGGUCCGCGGCGGCGUUUGUUUUGACAUGCGCAGUGCUGGUGAUGAUGCCGGCGGAGGUGUCUGCAGUGCGUUACAUCGUCGGAGCUAACAUGGGUUGGAAUUCAAAUGUGAACUACACCAUUUGGGCUCAAGGCAAACAUUUCUAUCUCGGCGAUUGGCUCUUCUUCGUGUAUGAUAGGAACCAGAUGAAUGUGCUUGAGGUAAACAAGACAGAUUACGAGAAUUGCACUUCUGAUCAUCCCAUUCACAAUUGGACCACCGGUGCUGGAAGGGAUGUGGUUCCUCUCAAUGUUACAAAAACUUAUUAUUUCAUCAGCGGAAAAGGAUUCUGCUAUGGAGGCAUGAAAGUAGCAAUUCACGUUGAAAAACUACCGCCCCCACCAUCGUCUUUGCCGGAAAGGAGUGGUUCUCCGGGUUUGCUAUCUACUUUUAGAGGGCAGAUUUUCGUGCCGACUCUUUUUGCCAUUGCUGCUGUAUGGGACUCGUUUCUCUACAUCGGGUAGCAGUUUCUUGCCAUCUUUCAUGAGAUAUCAGCAUAUUUGAUCGUUUGAACAAUUACUUAAACCCCUAGCAGUUUCUUGCCAUCUUUCAUGAGAUAUCGGCAUAUUUGAUCGUUUGAACAAUUACUUAAACCCAAUGGUGAAGAAAUAUUGAGGAGUGUCUUAUUUGUUUAUCGGUUUUCUUCUUUUCUUGUUCAUCUUUCGUGGUUUGAUUUUGACCCGAAAGAUAAAACAGUUAUUCAGCUCAAAAUUGGUGGAUUGCGGCAA